AUGAGUGGGAGAUUUGUGCGCGCCAGCAAAUACCGCCACGUUUUCGGGCAGUCUGUACGACGAGAGCAGACGUACGACAACCUCCGCAUCUCCAAGAAUGCCUGGGACACCAACCUGAUCAAAGCCAACCCCAAAUACCUGUCGGUCAACUGGGAGGCUGGCGGCGGCGGCGCAUUCGCUGUCAUUCCGUUAGAAGAGCGAGGUAAGCUUCCUGAGCAGAUCCCUCUGUUCAGAGGACAUACAGCGGUUGUGUUGGAUACGGAUUGGUCGCCAUUUGACGACUCGAUCAUCGCCUCUGCGUCCGACGAUGGAAAGGUGUUCCUCUGGCAGGUUCCAGACAACUUCACCCUGCGUACCGAUGCAGAGGAGCCAGAGGAUGUCAAGCCUGUUGGAAAGCUGAGCGGGCACUCACGAAAAGUUGGGCACGUGCUCUUCAACCCUGCCGCCGAGAACGUCCUUGCGUCGUCGUCUGGCGACUACACUGUCAAGAUCUGGGACUUGGAGGAUGGCAAGGCCAAACUCACAUUGAAAGGAAGCGACAUCUUCACUUCUCUGUCAUGGAGCGCCGACGGCAGCACCCUUGCUACGACCUCUCGGGACAAGAAGCUUCGAUUCUGGGACGUGAGACAAGAGAAGCCUGCGCACGAAGUACCGGGACACAGCGGUGCGAAGAACAGCAGAGUUGUGUGGAUGGGAGACCAUGACCGCAUCGCGACCACUGGCUUCUCCAAAAUGAGCGAAAGACAACUGGCACUGUGGGACACGCGAAACCCGAAGGAACCCAUUGGUGGCUUCACGUCACUAGACAGCGGCUCGGGCGUGGGUAUGCCAUUCUGGGACGAUGGCUCUCAGAUCCUCUAUGUCGCAGGCAAAGGAGACGGGAACAUCCGCUACUACGAAUACCAGAACGACAAAUUCGAGUUCCUGUCUGAAUACCGAUCGCCGAAUCCACAGCGAGGAAUAGCGUUCUUGCCAAAACGAGGCGUCAACACCCACGAGAACGAGAUCAUGCGCGCAUUCAAGACGGUCGAUGAUGUAUACAUUGAGCCAAUCUCUUUCAUUGUGCCUCGACGAGCGGAGACUUUCCAAGAAGACAUCUACCCGCCAGCAGUAGGCUCAGAGCCCGCUAUGUCAAGCGCAGAGUGGUUCGGUGGCAAGAGUGCAUUGCCUCCCAAGCUUUCCAUGGAAGACGUGUACGAUGGCAACGAGCCUAAGCUCAUGGCGGCCGAAGAUGCGCCCAAACCCACACCUGCUCAAACCGCCCCAGCACCAACGCCGGCACCGAAAGCAGAGCCAAAGAUCGCCGAGACGCCGGCACCAGCGCCCACAUUAGCAGCAGCACGCGAGAUACCAAGCGUCAAGGAAAAUCAAAAGUCCAUGUCUGACAUGGCAAACAAAUUUGCCGACAAGGAAGAGGACAAAGAUGAUGACGACAGCUCGUUCGAAGAGAUUCAAAAGCCUGUUGAGCGUCCAUCUGUGGCCGCUGCACGGCAAGAGGGUAAGGUCUCGAAUUCUCCUGUCACUGAGCCAAGCCCCUCGAUGCCCGCAGCACCGGCCGCAGAAGCCGCACGACAGGAAGCGAAAGUCGGCGCUUCAUCAGCAGCAACACCAACCGAACCAAAGAGUACAAGCAAUGCGUUCUCAGGCGAGGGCAUACCCGCGGCAUCAGCCCCUGCAGCGAGUGAGCUGAGAGAAAAGGAGGAUUCAAGACCUUCGACAGCCAGCGCGGCAGCAGGCGGUCUCAGAGACGUGCUGAGCGAGAUCAGAGGCAUGCUGCAGACUCAAAGCAAGCAAAUCGAGCAGCUCACGUCGGAAGUCGCACAACUGAAGGCCAAGGUCGGAGAGUAG